GUGUUGCUCAUAGGAUUAAAGUUAAGGCUAUUUACAGUUUAGAUUUAAUGUUACGUUUCAUAUGCAUAUCGACUUUACGUUAAAAUAAAGCAAGAUGGCUAAAAUGUUAAAAAGUGUUUUGCAUGGUUUGCUGGGGUGAAUUGAUGGAUGCAAUAUACAAGAAUUCACAAAUUGCAACAGCUACCGAAAAGGCAUACAUUCAUGGUUGGGUGAAUAAUGGACGAAAACAUGUGUGACCGUAAUAACAUGUUACGCCUACUUUUAUUCGUUAAAGGGCCGUCUGCAAAUAUUCAGAAGACGUGACCAAGACGUAGGCAAGUGUUUGUCUUUGCAAUCCACCCAGAUCCAUCGAGAAGCGCUUCACGUUAAUAUUUCAGCGAUUGUUUACUAAUGCCUAAUUCGUAUGGGAAAAGUAAGAUUUACAUUGGGGGUUCUGCAGGACCUAUAGGCGACCACUGACGUGACUUGUUCGCGCACAUAAGAGUUGCUCAAGAUAGUUCUUAAUGACUGAUAUUGAUAUAUGGUAAUUUCUUUACCGGAUCACAUGACACAAUUACCUCAAGAAUCGAUCAAGAUGAAUUGCACGUCAGCCUACGUUUCCUAUGUUUUCUUCCUCACGGGUCCUGUCCACGCGCCUGUAGUGCAAUAGAUGAACAAAGUUUAACACACGCACACGCUGCCUAACCCUACUCUCAAACGCAAAAAGAAGACAUGACGGAGUAUGACGAUCGCAGCAACUGUGCGUCAAAUAUGUAUUUGCCUAACUGUACUUAUUACGUAUCGGCUCCGGAUUUUUCGUCGGUGUCUUCGUUUUUACCUCAGACUACUUCGUGUCAAGUCAAUUUUCCUUAUUCGUCCAAUAUAGCUCAAGUCCAACCUGUUCGGGAGGUUGCCUUCAGAGACUAUGGACUCGAUCACCCAAGUAAAUGGCAUUACAGGGGUAAUUACGCUUCCUACUAUCCAACGGAAGACAUAAUGCACCGAGAUCUAAUCCAGUCGUCGACCAGAACUGAUAUGCUAUUCAAAAAUGAUUCCGUAUACAGCCACCACGGUGGAUCCAAUACAUCAUGCAAUUUAUUCACUAAUGUCGGCAGAAAUGGGGUCCUUCCUCAAGGUUUUGACCAGUUUUUUGAGACUAUUAACGCUGCCCCCGAGAAGCCCGACUCCGACCACUCGAAAGGAAGGACAGAAUCCGGGAUCCCCAGAGAUGCUGCGUGUAAUAAACUGUCCGCGGACAGUUCAGAGCAGGAGAAACGAAACCCACCAGAAAACAUUGACGAAGAGUCCUCUUUAUCGAAUUGUGCGGAGGAGAAGAACAACGGUCUAAGUUCUUCAAAGUCAAGAAAAAAGAGAUGCCCCUACAGCAAAUACCAAAUCCGAGAACUUGAACGAGAAUUCUUUUUCAAUGUGUACAUAAACAAAGAGAAGAGGCUUCAGUUGUCAAGAAUGUUAAAUUUGACUGAUCGGCAAGUGAAGAUUUGGUUCCAGAACCGACGAAUGAAAGAAAAAAAAUUAAACAGGGAUCGGCUCCAGUAUUUCACUGGGAACCCUUUGUUUUGACAUUCUGCUUUUAAAGGAAAGAGCUGAUCAUAACAGUGACCUCAACAAUGGGAUGGUUAUAAGUGGUGAGACGCUGAUGCGCAGUCUCGAGACUCUUGGGUACUUCAAGAAAUGCAGAUCAACUGCAAAUUUUUAAACUAUGCAAAGGUGGCUUCAGCAGUUUUUACCACAAGACACAACUGAUUAUUAUCCCCUUGUUUAAACACAGUACCUAGUGAAUUGUUCAGUAGAGUCAGACCAACAAGAAAACUAUGACAAUCUUCAUUUUAGUUCUCCCACUGUUUAGACGGUGAAUGUUUUGUAAAUGUACUUGCUGUGUGCCGAUAAUUUUUAUUUAUUUAUUUCAUUUACUGAAUUCAUUGACUUAUGAACAAUUUGCAGUAAGCAACAAAGAAUUUGAUUACAGUAAUCAAUAUGGCGUUUUAUAACAGUAUAGACCCAUGUAUGCAUUUAUUUCUUAGACGCAUGCUAUGUA